AUGGAGCGGGGGUCUUUCAAUAUAACCUGGGGCAUUUAUGUGGAGCAGUGUGAAGAAGCAGCGAGAACGACCCCCAGACAGACCAAAGCCGCGCACCGCUGCAUCCCCGCGUUCAGCACCGACGUCCCCCGCCGCCACCCUGCCCAAAAGAAACCUGAAGGGGAUACUAAAGGAGAGAAAGCCAGGAUGACGGACGAGCCACAGAGAAGAUCUGCAAGGUUGUCUGCUCCAGAGCCCAAGCCUAAAAAGGCCCCUGCAAAGAAGGGAGAGAAGGUCCCCAAAGGGAAGAAGGGGAAAGCCGAUGCCGGGAAGGAUGUGAAUAAUUCGGCAGAGAACGGAGAUGCCAAAACAGACCAGGCACAAAAAGCUGAAGGUGCUGGAGAUGCCAAGUGAAAUGUGUGCAUUUUUGAUAACUGUGUACUUCUGGUGACUGUACAGUUUGAAAUACUAUUUUUUAUCAAUUUUUACAAAAAUGCAGAAUUUUUUUUACUUUUUUUUUUUCUUAAGCUAUGUAGUUAGCACACAGAACACUUCAUUUUUUUUUGG